GAAGAGCCAUCGCAAUGCCGUUCCUCACUGCGCUCGAGUGCUACCCCAUGGGAGGGUACAGGACAGGCCCUUUCUCCGCUCCUCCUCUCCAGACGGGAUGGGGAAGCUUCGAUGGCUGCUCAGGAUGCACCGACUGCCAAGAGAACACUGAUGUCGAGGGACAGAGCACCUUCGUCAACAUGCCCAAGGGCUCUUACCGCGGGUAAGUCAAUGUCUUGCGAGGAAGGAACAUACAGGAUCGGCACCCUCCACAUUAACCUCUGAUGUACAUUAUGAUAUAGAAUAUGGUAUAGAACGUGAUAUGGAAUGUGGUAUAGAACGUAUUUUGGAAUGUGUUAUGGGAAAUGAGAUAGAAAGUGGUACGGUAUAUGAUAAGUUGCACAACAGAAAUUGCAAAUGAUAUGACACAUGAUAUAGAAUAGUCCAGACAAAGUAGCAUAUGAUACAGUAUGUGACAUGGCAGCAGAUAUAGACUAUGAUAAAGCACAUGAUAGCCCAAGUGUAACAAGUAGUCAGUGAAAAAUGACAAUUAAGGGAGCAAGACGGAGAGAUGGCAGGAUGGUUCCAAAAUGAAAAAUUAUUUCUCAUUUGUUGCUCCUUCGAUAGGAUUUUCCAACAUACCUGUUCUGUUGAGUUGAAUGGAUACUGACUCUCUCGUUUUCCUCCUCCCUCCUCUCUCCCUCCUGUUUUCUUCUCAGGUAUGUCGUCAUCAUGUAAUCGAUCCGCCCCCUCCAGCGUUCAACUUCAAGGAAUCUGAUUCCUCCUGAUACUAUUUGAUGUAUUACAACUACAACAAGCAUCGCA